GACAUAUACUUUUUCCUGGGAAAAGUAAAUGCUUUGCUUGUAAAUAAUUGACACGAUCAGGCAUUUUUAGAAUGGGAUGCACCUGCCGUGUGAAUCCUCCCGAAGACUUCAUUUGUCCACUCCCACAGAGGGAGAGCUUUCAGUCUGUCAGACAUGUGACUUUGCACAAAACAAGAGAUGGACUUCUAAUAAUAUGAGCUCUCUACUUGAGCGUCAUCAUAUUUAUUUAGGAACAUCAUAAAGAGGACCCCGGAGGAAAAAUAAAAAAAAUUUUUCUUUUGAAGACUGAGGCAUAAAAACAGAGCGCAAUUAUUGAAAUGACUCAGAUACAGUUUUUUUUUCUUUUCUUUUUUUUUUCGGACUCCGGGGGUGGAUUCCGUGUGUUUUGACCCUCUGAAGAUAUACCAGAUCUGUUAAUCCGCUCUUUGGGGAUCUGUUCAUGACUCAUUCUCUUCUCCGGUGCUCCGUCCCGCUCCUCAGCCAGCCGGACUACGGCGCGUCGGGGUGGAGUGGAGGGGAGGACACUUCUUUCUCGGAAACUGAUGAAGUUUUGCGUCUGGCGCGCGUCCAGACUGCACGUCCUGUACUCACAUCCUAAAUAAUCCCCGAGCGUCAGAGUCCUUCUUCUUCUUCUUCUGCUCUGUGACAUAAAAAAAAGAAAAAAGAAAAUGCGAAACCUAAGCAAGGGUGUCUCGGUCGAUGCCCACAAACUCAAACCGAUGACUCCUUCGACGUGUUCACUCUGAGCGCACCUCCGAUCAGGCAUCUGUGACCAUGGCUUCGGCUCUGCCUCUCUACAUCGGAAUGGAGGUGGUGAUCGCCGUGUCCUCGGUCAUCGGCAACGUGAUGGUCGUCUGGGCUGUUCGCAUCAACCGGUCUCUGAGAGACACCACGUUCUGCUUCAUCGUCUCUUUGGCCUUGGCUGACAUUGCGGUCGGGGCUCUUGUCAUCCCGCUGGCCAUAACCAUCAGCAUCGGGCUCCAGACACACUUCUACAGCUGCCUGUUGUUCGCCUGCACGGUGCUCGUCCUGACCCAAAGUUCAAUCCUUGCGCUGCUGGCCAUCGCUAUCGAUCGUUAUCUGAGAGUCAAAAUACCCAUGAGUUACAAGCGAGUGGUGACCCCGUGGCGAGCUGGGACAGCCGUGCUGUUGUGUUGGCUGGUGUCCAUCAUAGUGGGGCUCACUCCGAUGUUUGGCUGGAAUAACCUGCAGUCUCUCCUUAAAAAUGGCACCGUGACCACUGAAGAGCUUGUGGUGACCUGCGAGUUUGAGACAGUCAUCAGCAUGCACUACAUGGUCUACUUUAACUUCUUUGGCUGGGUCCUGCCGCCUCUGCUGCUCAUGCUGGCCAUCUAUGUGGAGAUUUUCUACAUGAUCCAUAAACAGCUCAACAAGAAGGUGACGGCAAGCCACAUGGAUCCCAGGCGAUACUUUGGAAAAGAACUUAAAUUAGCCAAGUCCCUUGCCCUCGUCCUUUUCCUCUUCGCAGUCAGCUGGCUCCCACUUCACAUUCUCAACUGCAUCACCCUCUUCCUCCCGAACUAUGAGAUGUCGAUGUCCCUCCUUUACGUCGCCAUCAUUCUCACCCAUGGCAACUCAGCCGUCAACCCCAUCGUCUACGCUUUCCGCAUCAAGAAAUUCCGCACGGCAUUUCAGAAAAUCUGGAAACAGUACAUGCUGUGUCAGGACCCCAUCGGUCGUCUUCCUCAGCGAGGGAGCCAGAGAGGGCAGAGCCGCGACACGAGGCUCAGGCAGAAUGAUGAUGACGAUGACGAUGUUUGACCUUUGGGAACUAAUUGUGCUAUUGUGUUACUGACAAUUUUUAAAGCAGUUGUUUACAGAAAGUGAGAGACCUGAUGCUCAAGGAACUGCAGAUCCCAGUGACAUUAAGGGUACGGAAAAAGCGGGGCUUUUAUGACCAAUCUCUUGAACUGAAAUCAGUAAGUGCAUAUGUGUAGCACAUGUGGUACUAUAGCGUUGUGAACUGUGUUCGUUGACUGAAACUACAAUUUACGGCCUUCGACAUCUGAAAGAGCUCAAGUCUAUUCAUCUAAAGUCUUUGCUUCAUAACAUGCUUCAUUUUGUGGCCUUAAGGACAAAAAGGAAGUGAGCAUUGGUGAAUAGAAUGACUCUGGUGAACUUUUUGUGACUGAAGGGAAAGCUUCGAAAUGAAGUUUGGUGCUUUAAGAAGGUUUACGAUGUUGGGUGUGUUCUUUGUUGACGUGGGGAAAAAAGAUCCAAUCAGAAUCUUUAGCAAAACUUCUGGUUUUAUUAAUAUCAAAGUAACAUUAAUAAUCAAACUCAUUCCAACUGUGUUAAAAUUUCUUAAAAUUAUCCAUAUUUUGUCACUUCUGUAUUUUUAUUUGUAUUUUUUUAGAAAAACCAUGAGAGUAGAGAAUAACUGAAAAAAUAUGGAAUUUAUUAUUUGGCCUGUCAUUACAGGGAACACAGUUUUUGUAGACAAAAUCUGAGAUUGUGAAAGAUUUGUUUUGCAUGUGGACCAGAUGCCAGGAGACUACUGGAAACAUUAACAUAAUAAAGGUUAGUAAUAAAACGUUAUGACCUUCGACAUCUGAAAGAUCAACUCUUGUAGAUUUCACAAGAGUGAAAUCAUUUAUCUGUGUAUCCCACCUCUGUCACUGCUUUUCCAUUAAACUUCAAAUGUAAGAUAGAAAAGAUU